AUGGCUUGUAAUGUAGCAGCUAAUGAUGAUAAUGCGUCUUCCUUUUACUCCGCGGAGCGCAACACAAUCACCUCUGUUUCCGAUUCAAGUUCAAGGCAACUUCUGAAAACCGUUAGUGACGUCAAGAAACUAGCCAUUGGAGACAAGACUCUAGCUCACGAAUCCUUGGACGAUGAAGAUGAUCUCAUGCGUACUGUUCCGUUCGUUCUCUCUUUCGACAAUCUCACUUACAGUGUCUCUCUUCGCCGGAAACUAGAGUUCCGUAAUCUCAUUCCAUGGCGCAAAAGCGAGGAUCCCGAGAUUGCUCAAAACGAAAAGCCGAAUACGAAAACCCUUCUCGAUAACAUCUCCGGCAAGACUCGAGAUGGAGAGAUCUUGGCUGUUCUCGGAGCUAGCGGCUCCGGGAAAUCAACUCUGAUCGACGCAUUGGCGAAUCGUAUUGAUAAAGGAAGCUUGAAAGGAACGGUGACGCUAAACGGAGAAACACUUCAGUCUCGGAUGCUCAAAGUUAUAUCGGCUUAUGUGAUGCAAGACGAUCUUCUCUUUCCUAUGCUCACCGUCGAAGAAACACUCAUGUUCGCUGCUGAGUUUCGCCUCCCGAGGAGUUUACCUAAAUCUAAGAAGAAGCUUCGUGUUCAAGCUUUGAUUGAUCAAUUGGGGAUCAGGAACGCCGCUACAACGAUUAUCGGAGACGAAGGUCACCGUGGAAUCUCCGGUGGCGAGAGAAGACGUGUUUCAAUCGGAAUCGAUAUAAUCCACGACCCGAUUCUCCUCUUCCUCGAUGAACCUACGUCUGGUUUGGACUCGACGAGUGCGUUCAUGGUCGUUAAAGUGUUGAAGAGCAUCGCGCAGAGUGGCAGUAUCGUAAUUAUGUCGAUUCACCAGCCGAGUCACAGAGUUCUCGGUUUGCUUGACCGGUUAAUCUUCUUGUCUCGCGGCCACACCGUCUACAGCGGAUCUCCGGCGAGUCUUCCGCGUUUCUUCGCCGAUUUCGGCAAUCCGAUUCCGGAGAAAGAGAACACAUCGGAAUUUUCGCUCGAUCUCAUCCGUGAGCUUGAAGAAUCCGCCGGAGGAACAAGAGGAUUAGUCGAAUUCAACAGAAAAUGGCAGGAGAUUACUCCUCCUGCAUCACCGUACCCAAAUCUAACCCUGAGAGAAGCAAUCGCCGCCAGUAUAAGCAGAGGAAAGCUAGUCACCGGCGGAGAAUCCGCCACUAUCCCACAAGGCGGAGGAAACACAUUGAUGGCCAUAUCCGUCCCAGCAUACGCAAACCCAAUCUGGAUCGAAAUCAAAACGCUCUCAAAACGCUCAAUCCUCAAUUCUAUCAGACAACCAGAGAUUUUCGGAAUCCGAUUCGCCGCCGUGGUUAUCACCGGAUUCAUCUUAGCCACAGUCUUCUGGCGAUUAGACAUUUCCUCAAAAGGAGUCCAAGAGCGGCUAGGGUUCUUCGCCUUCGCGAUGUCAACAAUAUUUUACACUUGCGCCGAUUCAAUUCCAAUAUUCAUCCAGGAACGUUACAUAUUCAUGAGAGAAACAGCUUACAACGCUUACCGGAGAUCCUCCUACGUUCUCUCUCACGCCAUCGUCUCUUUCCCGUCGCUCAUCUUCCUCUCCUUCGUCUUUGCGGCGAUCACGUUUUGGGGCGUGGGCUUAGAUGGAGGCCCAAUGGGCUUUUUGUUCUACUGUUUGAUCAUAUUCGCCUCAUUUUGGUCAGGAAGCUCUUUCGUCACGUUUCUAACCGGAGUUGUCCCACAUGUGAUGUUGGGAUACAUAAUCGUCGUCGCCAUUUUAGCUUAUUUCUUGCUCUUCAGUGGAUUGUUCAUCAACGCUAACAGAAUCCCAGAUUACUGGAUUUGGUUUCACUACAUGUCUUUGGUGAAAUACCCCUACGAAGCGGUUUUACAGAACGAGUUCUCUGAUACGACCAAGUGUUUCGUGAGAGGAGUUCAGGUUUUCGACAACACUCCGUUCAGAGAAUUACCAGAAGGGUUGAAGCUGACGCUGCUCGAUACGGUUAGCCGGUCACUCGGGACGAGGAUAUCGAGCUCGACGUGUUUGACCACUGGUGCGGAUAUUCUGAUGCAGCAAGGUGUGGCUCAGGUGAGCAAAUGGACUUGCUUGCUUAUCACGGUAGGGUGUGGGUUCUUUUUUAGGGUUUUGUUUUACCUCUGUUUGUUGCUUGGAAGCAAGAACAAGAGGAGGUGA